AUGCCUGCGAGGUCUCAGAGCCAUAAACCAAGUAAUGCCCGCCACGCGCGUACGACUUCGUGGUCGAGUGGCUACCAUCAUAUAACCCAGGGUCACGGUAACGGCGAACCAUCCGAAGUUAUACCUCAACGACGUCGCCGCGAGUCCCAGCUCUCUCUCGCCAGCGUGGACGAGAGCCCCUCCUCCCCCGACACUCCGAUCGAUGACCCCGUCAUGCUCCGCAAUACCUCAAUGGAUCUGGACAGUCAGAAGAAUCAACAUGUGCGCAGUCGCUCCCAAAGCCAGGGCCAGCUCCUGGCUAUGCAGUCGCUACACACCGAACAGCCCGUCCGCCCUGCCCCGGUAACAUGGAUGUCGCUGCCGAAGAAGGGCCAAUUGGCCCUUCUAGGUCUUUGCCGUGUCUUCGACUUUUUGCAGAUCGCCUCGCUGCAGGCUUACAUGUUCUAUCAGCUCAAGUCCUUUGAUGAGAACCUUUCCGACUCCGAUGUCGCUACCCAGGCUGGUAUCCUCCAGGGCGCUUUCACUGCGGCCCAGUUUGCGACGGCCAUCCCAUGGGGUCGUGUGGCUGAUGCCGAGUGGGGUGGCCGGAGAUUCGUGCUGCUGGUAGGUCUGGUUGGUACGGCUGUCUCCUGCCUGGGUGUGGCCUUUUCAACGUCGUUUGCGCAGGCCGUAUUCUGGCGUUCGUUUGGUGGCGCUAUCAAUGGUACUGUUGGAAUUAUCCGAACUAUGAUUGCGGAGAAUGUGAAGGAAAAGAAAUAUCAUUCGCGCGCUUUCUUGAUCCUACCCAUUGGAUUUAAUAUUGCGUCCUUGUUUGGUCCUGUUAUGGGUGGUAUGUUGGCCGACCCUGUUAAGAGCUACCCCCGCUUGUUCGGCCCGAACUCGUCUUUUGGAGGCGAGAAUGGUGUUCAAUGGCUGGAGCGCUACCCUUACUCAUUGCCUAUGUUUGCCAACUUCAUCUUCUUGUCGAUCUGCGCAUGCUUGGUGGCAUAUGGAUUGGAAGAGACACUGCUUUCUUGCAAGGGUAAGCCGGGCCUGGGAUCCUACGCCAUGAAGCUCUUCGCUCGCCUUGUGCGACGCGUUGUCGGUACUUCUUCACCUCUGUACUCCCGUCUGCCUUUCCGGGACUACGAGGAGAACGGCCCUUUGCUUGCCGGAGCCUUGGAUCGCUCCGAGAGCUACGAACUCGAGGAGAAAGCUUCCAAGCCUAUUCGCACCAAGCGUGUGUUGCCAUUCCGACGAAUCUGGACCAAGAACGUUUUGUGCACUCUUGGAGCGCAGGCUUUCUUCGAUUUCCAGAUGGGUGCAUUCAACAACCUCUGGUUGCUUUUCCUCUCGACUCCUCGCUAUGACCCGGCUGACCCCGCAAGCCCUGCCCAGAGCUUGCCCUUCAUCUUUACCGGUGGCCUGGGUAUGCUCCCGCAAAGCGUUGGCUUUGCGACCGCGAUCCUGGGUGUAAUUGGCAUGUUCCUUCAGUUCACCAUUUACCCCACCAUCAACGGCCGACUGGGCACGGCCAAGAGUUAUCAAUACUUCCUCUCUCUAUUCCCAUUGGCCUACGCGCUGGCACCUUAUAUCGCCCUGGCCCCGUCCAGCACCCCACCUCCCGGCCAGGCCAACGGCCCGUGGGUGUGGAUCUGGAUCAUUAUUGUGCUCUUCUGCCAGGUCACCGCCCGGACUUUCACCCUCCCAACUUCUAUCAUCCUCCUGAACAACUGCUCGCCACACCCCUCGGUCCUUGGAACCAUCCACGGUAUCGGCCAGUCCGUCUCCUCUGCCUUCCGAACCAUUGGCCCCAUUUUCUCGGGUGCGUGGUACGGAUACGGUCUGGAUAUUGGCACAGUUGGAUUCGCCUGGUGGUUGAUUGCUUUGGUGUCCGUAUUUGGCUGCGUUGCUGCCAUAUUCGUUUACGAAGGCUCUGGCCAUGAGAUCCUUCUCCCUGGCGAGGAGGAUGAGGUCGUGGAACAACAUUGA